UAGCCAAUCUCUACCCAUAGAUACUCAACCUCAAGUUUUCAACUUCACUAUCACAAUCGAAGAAAUUUGCAUUAUUCAGUAAUGGAUUUCAAGAUGCUUAGGUCUUUUGUUGAGAAGAUUGAAAAGGGUCUAUCACUAAUUGCUCCCAAAAAGCCAGGACUCAACUACUUCAAUGAAAAUCAAGUGGAAACUACAACGAAUGUUGUGCCCGAAGAUGUUGUUAGUAAAGGGUAUUUUGCUGUUGUUGCAAUAAAAGAUGGAGAAAUCAAAAGGUUUGUUGUUGAGUUAGACUACUUGGCUAAUCCAGCAUUCUUGGGUUUGUUGGAUCAAGCUGGAGAAGAGUAUGGCUUCAAACAGCAGGGAACUCUAGCAGUCCCUUGUCGGCCUCAAGAAUUACAGAAGAUCUUAGAUGGCUGGAGAGUCAUACCGGACAACAGCAAAGGUGCAGGAAGGGCUAUUUAUUUUCCUAAGUUCCUAUGAUCCAUAUAUAUAAGAGGUUUUAAUUUCUGCACUAAAGUUUUUUUUUUCUUCUUUGGGUUGAAGACGUGUACUUUUUUUAUAUAAUGAUCAUGUUUUAACUUAUGACCUAAUGUAUAUUACUUGAUUUCUGAUAUCAUUAAGCUGAUCCUCGUGGUUAUUUUGAA